CACUCGGGUUCACUACGGUAACUGACACACGGGGGCUCAAACUGAACGGAAAAUAAAAUAUCAUUUCUCUCCGACUGACAAAAGCUACGUUUACAUGUACACUUUUAAAAAUCGUUUCGAUUGAAAGAUUCGGUUUACUGUUUGCAUGAGACGUUAUCUAAUCCGAUAUGGUGUUUACAUUUGCGGGGGCUUUGAUUUGGAAUGACUUUGUGACAUGCGCACAUUAGCCCACAUGGAGUGCCAUUAUUUUUAUGUAAAGUGUUGCUCCAUCAAGUGUGAAUUUGUAGGUGAACUACUGCUGGACGGUAUGAGGAGAAGACGGGCGCAGGAAGCUGAGCUUUUUGGUGGCUGUGCAUCUCUAAGGAGCAUCUUAACACGUCCUCUCCAUCCUCCCAAAAGCAGAAGCGUGUGGAUGAAGUUGUAGGCACCUGGCUUCCUGUCUUUACCGCCUAGGCUCUGGCCGUGCGCGCGGUGAUGGGUUCCGAUCCGUGCCAGGUGCAAUGGAGAUGAAAGGGAACGACGAGGUGGAGAAAAUAAAGUCGAAGUUCAUGUCGGCGUGGAACAAUGUAAAAUACAGUUGGGUGCUGAAAUCAAAGACGUCCUUUAGUCGCAAUUCUGUGGUCUUCCUGCUUGGCAAAUGCUAUCACUUCAAGGCAGACGAUGAAGACAGCCCCACAGAGAGCUGCAGCACAGAUUUAUUUGAUGAUGAUUAUGCUGUCAUUGGCAAUGUGGAAGGAUUUCGGAGGGAUUUCGCAUCUCGGAUCUGGCUCACUUAUCGGGAUGAUUUUGCUGCACUCCCGGAAUCGACCAUCACCACAGACUGUGGUUGGGGCUGCACUCUCAGAGCCGGGCAGAUGAUGCUGGCCCAGGCACUCAUUCUAAAUUUCCUGGGAAGAGACUGGACCUGGCCAGAUGCGCUGUCCUUGGAGCCUCUGGACACCGAGACAAGGACGAGCAGCGCAGCACGAAAACUGGUCGCCUCAUUAGAAGCUUCAUUCCAGGGAGAUAGGCUGAGAUUCCCAUCUUGCCAGCCCCAGUGUGGGGCAGAAGAAGCUGACGCUCACCUGAAAGAGGUGUACCAUCGCACUGUUGUGACCUGGUUUGGAGAUACUCUGUCUGCCCAGCUCAGUGUUCACAGGCUGGUCCAUCUGGGUAUGACCUCAGGGAAAAGAGCAGGAGAUUGGUAUGGCCCUGGUGUAGUGGCACACAUACUCAGGAAAGCCGUAGAAGAGGCUACAGAUCCUGAACUGCAAGGUGUGACUGUUUAUGUGGCACAGGAUUGCACAGUGUACAGCGCUGAUGUUCUCGAGAGUCAUUCAGUGCAGGUGGACACACGCUCGGUUCCUGAGGGAAUGGCCACUGACAACAGAGCCGUCAUCAUUCUCAUUCCUGUCAGACUCGGGGGAGAGAAGAUUAACCCUGAAUACUUCAGCUUUGUCAAGGCCAUUCUGAGCUUGGAAUACUGUAUUGGUAUCAUUGGAGGGAAACCCAAGCAGGCCUACUACUUUGUUGGAUUUCAAGAUGACAGCAUGAUUUACAUGGACCCUCAUUACUGUCAGUCUUUUGUGGAUGUCAGCACAAGCAAUUUUCCUCUGCAGUCAUAUCAUUGCCCAUCACCAAAGAAGAUGCCUUUCAUUAAAAUGGAUCCAAGCUGCACUAUUGGGUUUUACUCCAAAAGUGUUCAGGAUUAUGAAAGAAUUAGUGGUGAGCUGUCUAAGCUUCUGCAGCCGUCAUCGAAAGAGAAGUACCCGGCAUUUACCUUUAUGAGAGGACACGGGAGAGAUUAUGAACUGUCUGUUCCCAUGGAGAAGAAAGAAUGGCCCUUCAUCAAGGACACACGCAAUCCUGGGGCCACCGCAGGGGACUUUGUGCUGCUGUAAAUGAGGGCUUGAAAUGUAGUUAUGUGUAUGAUUUCUUUUCUGCAUUAUGCUGGUUUUAAUGGUCCUGCCAUACCAAGCAUGUACGGAAAAUAGUCCUGAUUCUAGGAUUUCUUUUUUUUUUUUUUGAAAGCAGAAACUAAAACACCAACUUUUUAAACUCAACACCUCGACUUAACACUGUAAACAUACGCAAUAUAUUUCACACACAUUUCCGGUCAGAAAACAUUCUUCAGGAUGGAUGUAUACAUCAUGUUUACAUUAUGUAUUCAUCUGGCACUCAAAUUCAAAAGCUGUAUAUUGUUAGUAUGUUCCUUCUUACUACUCUUAUAGUUAUUAAACAAUUUUUUGAUACUUUAUAUCUAGAAGAGAAGAAUCACACUCCAGGUUGCAACACUGUGCUUAAACUAAACAUAAAAACGAAGCUUAGAAACUCUACACAGCCUUCAAAAUUGUCCUAGUGCCUCCUGGAAGCAUGAUGUUUCUAGGGCCCUACAGCAUUCGAGUGCUUCCGAAAUGUCUUGUACACACUGAGAUAUUGCAAUUGUAGCACUUACUCACUCACACACAUAAAAAAGUUGUUUCUGGCUAAUAUAUGAUAUAUUAUUAUAUUUUUUUUUCUGAUUUAAAUUGUCUCCGGAUCACAGUGCUGCUAAAAUCAUAAUGGUCUUCAGAAGGACAGCUUCUCCUGACCCGUGCCAUUAAAGAAAGACUAAAUACUAUUAAAAACGUGAUUUUUGUUGUUGUUAUGGUUGUUGUUGCUUAUAACCAUGUUGAUUAUGCUGCAGUACGAAGUUAUGUCCAUUAAAAAAAAAGUGUUCUUCAUAAGAAGUAAAAUUGUCUGUAAGAUUCUGUCUAUCUUCUUGAUGUCAAGUGUAUACAAAUGACAGUAACACUAUUACUAUAUAUAUAUAUAUAUAUAUCGCUCAUGUAACUCAAAUCAUUUUGCACAGCGGUCAUUAAUAUUUUGUGCAACAGUAAUUUACAAAUAAAACUGAAAUGACGAACUUGA